AUGCGAAGGUGCUUUCCUCCCACUACAUGGUCGCUCUUCGUCUUCAUAAGUGGGACGGCAUUCCUUUUUGUCGGGAUGUUGGUGUGUGCCUCGGCCAUCGACAAGGCCUCGCAGGAUGUACUAUGGAAGCCAACACGCCCCGAUUCACUUAUCAUUUGGCCCCAAGAAAGAUCCGACCCGGAUGCGACGGACUCGUACGUCAUUACCAAGCGAAUCCGCACAGAAGUUGUUUCUUCACACCGUCCUCGUGGGAUGGCUCCGCGUGUGCAGUUUCCGCCCCUGAUCAUCUUUUGCAUCGCGGCGGGAUACCUCAUGCAAGCAAUCUCCCUGCCCCUACAGCAUUGGCCUCCGCAGGCCCUCCAGUUCUUGACCACAGUGUUUAUGUUCUUGUGUCGAAGUUUCCUCCGCCGCCAGGAUCUGCCCGAUCGGGCGAAGAGAAUCGACACAGGCUGCUGUACGGACUGGAUCGCGAAAAGGUGUCUUCUAGAUCCGCAACGGCUCUACGAGCCCGCCUUGCCCGGUGACGAUCCGGAUAUAAGCUGGAGUUUGUCGUCCAUCAAAGUGAGCGAUGACGACGCAAAGAUUCGGGGCUGCCGCUGCGCACAGGACUUGCUGGAAAUCCGUGAGUUUCUGGCUCGCACGACCCAGGAUAAGGGCUCGCAUACCCAAUUGGCAUCAACUCUCGCACUAGCAAUCAAUGAAGUAACUCUAAGUUUGGCUGAUAACAUGAACGUCAUUACAUCCAAAGGCAUCGAUCACUGGGCCCGGGAGCUAGAGAUCCAGGUCGACGGGCAAGCCACGGAGUCUCUGGAACUAAUGAUCGAGAAACACAAAGAAGGGUGGAAGGCAGAUGAAAACCAGCUCGGGGCUCUGAUCUCGUUAUUGUUAUCAGGCAUCAAUCCCAGGAAGGUCAAAGUUCUCAAAAUGAGCGCAUUAACCAUUGGUCCCAGCCAUGAGAAUCUCGAAUUUGUACUGAGACGUAAGAACUUGUACGACGAGAUUGGACUUUACCAAAUACCACCACAAGACUCUUCCACCGGCUUCCGCGUGACCGUUGAGAAACCAUCACUCCUUGGAAACCGCGAUAUGACAGGCGAGGAGGACGAUGACGAGGUUACAUUUAGCGUUAGUAGGAUUGGUGAAAAUGCCCAUCUGGACAAAAGCUCUGGCGCUAAACUAGCACGGAUCUCGAAAGUCCCCGUGGGACAGCUCUAUGCUCAGCAUAUGUUUGUCUGUUUCAUGUGGACUAUUGGGAAAGCGCUGUCGACAAAGAAAGACAGUGUGAAAAGGUCGGAUCUUGCAAAUGACACACUGUUUCGCAGAAUUGACUUCACCGGGCUUAGUGAUCUAAAUUUUGCGAGAGUGGCAGUGAUGGCACCUCUCUCAUGGUACGAGCUACUGCCGGACUAA